GUAGGUACGCUGCUCGCUCGCUGGCCGGCUGCUGCAGCCAACUGGAACCCAGCCCAACACUCCCCCCCGACUGGCCUGGAACCCACCCGACACCACGACGCCUCCUCGACCUCUCCUGCUCCAAGCUCCGUCGAUGCCACGACGCUACGCCUCACUGCCCGCACCUGCGCCGCGUCUGCUCCUCUUGCAUCCAUCCAUCCCACCUACCGCAGCGCCGUUCGCCAGACUGCGCGCCUGCAUUUCCCUCGAACGCAUGCUGUAAUUCAUCGUCGCCGCCUUCAACCCCUUCCUCCGCGUGUCCAAAGAGCUCCAGAGGGUCCUUUCCCCUUGGGCAGCCUUCCAAGCAAGCAGGCCUGCCCCUCCGCCUCCUCGCUUCUGCACGUCGACCCACCCGCGUAAUACCGAAUCGACCUGCCUUUCCGCCUCCCCCCUUCUGCGACGGACGGGAAGCGAAAACGUCUCACGCAUCUCGCCGCGACAGACGUGCUACAGGGCUGUCCGUCUGGCCGUGUCGCAGCAUCACAACACAGCGAAACGAAGCCACCGCCCGUCAUGGCCGUGCCCUUCCGGGUCAAGGCCGUCUACGAGUACUCGUCGCCGCACGAGGACGACCUCAACUUCCCCCUCGGCCAGGUCAUCACCGUUACCGAGGAGGAGGACGACGACUGGUACGCCGGCGAGUACGUCGAUGACCAUGGUGUCAAGAAAGAGGGCAUUUUCCCACGGAACUUUGUCGAGAAGUUCGAACCUACCGCUCCACCGCGACCCGCCCGUACGCGGACCAAGAAGGAUGUCGAAGCUGCUCAGGCUCCGGCCGUUGAAGCGGUAGCCCACGCGCCGGCACACGAGGAACCGGCUAUCCCUAAGCACGAAGAGCCGGAGAUCGAAGAUGCCGACGAACCCGUGCACAAGGCCGCACCUGUUGAGCGUUCGACAGUGGCCCCCGCAGCGGCACCGGUCAAGGCCCCUGAGCCGGCGCCGACUCCCUCGCCCCCUUCCGCCGCCAGCAAAGCCACGGAGCAACCGACUCCUGCCGCCACGGCGGCGGCAUCCGCGCCGAAGCCGAAGGCUGCUGCCCCGCCGCCCGCCGCGGAGAAGCCCGCGAGCAACUCGUUCAAGGACCGCAUCGCGGCGUUCAACAAACCGGCCGCCCCGCCCAUAGCCCCUUUCAAGCCGGGGUCUCUGAGCGGGGGUGGAGGCUUCAUCAAGAAGCCCUUCGUUGCCCCUCCCCCUAGCCGGAACGCGUACGUUCCACCACCGAGGGAACCUCCCGCGACGACCCAAUACAAGCGAGAGGAAGACCCCGAGAUUAAGGAGAGGGAGGCGGAGACCUUGGAACAGGCGGAGAAGGCGGGCCUUGUUCCCUCGGAACAGCAUGAAGCCUUCGAGGAAGAAGACCAGCCAAAGCCCACCAGCUUGAAGGAGCGCAUUGCCCUUUUGCAAAAGCAGCAGAUGGAACAGGCUCAGCGACACGCCGACGCUGCCGCCAAGAAAGAGAAGCCGAAGAAGCCGCCGCCGCCCAAGAAGCGCGUCGAACCUGCCACGCAGGCAGAAGCGCCAGCGGAUACAGCAGAGGUUCUCACUUCACCCACACUGGAACGCGCAGAGACUCUCGAGUCUGCUCCGAGGACGUCUACGGACGACCCGCAGUCUCCGCGUGUCGCUCCGCCACGACGCAAGCCCUCCAAGGGGCCCGCCGUUGAGUCUGUGCACGACGGCAACGAGGCCGAUAUGUCUGGUGCAGGUGAUACCACCGAGGGCCAAGACGAUACAACUGAGCGCGAAGAUAGCGAUGGCGUGCAAAGACGCAUGUCCCGUGUGCCAACCGCUACAGCCACGACGACCGCCGCCGCAGAAGAGGGAGAGGUAGUCGAAGGAGAAGAAGCUGAGGAAGAAGGGGAAGAGGAGGAAGACGUCGAUCCCGAGGUCCGGCGCAAAGAGGAGCUGCGCGCUCGAAUGGCCAAGAUGAGCGGUGGUAUGGGCUUCCAUGGCAUGUUUGGAGCCCCCAUGCCGGGCAUGGCUCCUCCACCAAAGAAGAAGGCGCCCAAGGCUGAGCCAGGGCCCGAAGCCGAAGGGGGAGAAGAAACGAGUCAUGUUUCCCGUGCUGCUCCCCCGAUCCCCACGCCCAUGGCCAUGGCGCUCCCGGGCAUGGGACCCCGAGCCUCUGGCGAACACAAGCGUCCCGUCGACGAGGACGAGCCCGCGCCAGCUGCCCGAGCUGUCCCACCACCGGUUCCACCGCGUGCUGCGGACGAAGCAGAUUCAGAAGAGGACGAGGAAGAGGCGACUACACCGGCGCCUGUCUCCGAGCCGAAAGCUCCUCGGCGAGACGCGAGCGGGCCGCCACCGAUCCCUGGUGGUCGCCCUGCACCACCUCCAGUGCCGACAGAGGCUCGACCGCCGCCGCCACCUCCCCCCGCCGAUGCGCCGCCCACAGAGGGUUCCGAGUCUGACGAUGAACUCUCUGGCGCCAACCGCGAGAGGGAAACUCCCAUAAGCUCCGCGCGGUCGCCACCGUUACCACCUCAGCGAGUGCAGUCGCCGCCAUUGUCUCCUCGUCCCGAGGAGUUCUCGCCCACAUCGCCACCAACCUCGGCGAGUAAGCGCAAUAGCCGGCCGCCGCCGCCGAUCCCCGGGGCCGCUCCUGUGCCUCCGCCGUCGCAAAGCCGCCCGCCCCCUCCGCCCCCGCCCGGGGGUUUGAGCCGACAAUCCACCCUGGACGCCCAUGCUCCGCCGCCGGUUCCUUCCCGCCCUCCUCAAGCUGGCGAGGAAGAGGACGAGGAGAAUACCGAGUACGAGGGCGAUUAUGACACCGACAUUGCCUCCUCAGUCCCCCACAAGGACGCCCUGAAAGCUCAUGCGCGUGACUCCAGCCAGGAGGACAACACACUGCAGUCUCCCAUCGCAGAUGCGCCGCCGGUCCUGCCUCCUCCGAUCCCGACGGCGUCAGCUCCGAGAGCCGUUCCCCCUCCAGUGCCUUCGCACCCUGCGCCUGAAAGCAGCAAGCGGCGAUCCGUAGAUAUGCCACGGGCGGCUCCUCCACCACCGCCACCGCCGAAGGAGGCUGCCCCAGCCCAGAGCGAUGAGUACGACCCGUACAAUUACGCGGCCCCGGCUUCGAGUUACAGUCACAAGACACCAAUGAUCGAGGAGGAAGACGCCUACUUCGCUGGGGUGGCACCUGGCGUGCCUGCCCCAGACCGGAGGGCGCCUCCUGCUGCUCCCGGCAGCCGCGGCCAAGCCAGGCAAUCGUUGGACGUGCAAAGAACAAGCACUGGCGGCCGGAGAUCCAUGGACAUGCAUCGGCCUUCUAUGGAGUCUGGCUUCAUUGCCAAUGACAUUGACCUGGCCGUGCAAAGUGGAUGGUGGAAACAAGCCAACCAGGUACCGCCGGUGCUGCAGGGACGUCGCGAUAUUCACUUUGAGAGCGAAGAGACGACGACGACAAAUCAGGGUUCCAAGACGGUGACUACGCGGGAGAUCUUUGUUCUCUUCCAAGACUACUCCCAAACGAUCAUCACGAUACGAUACGACCCGUCGGACCCGUCUGACGUGGAGCUCGAGCAACGGCACGAGCCGCCGCCGCGCACGUUGCGGCAAGAUCAGAUGGAGGAAUUUCACGACCGGUUCGGGCGACAGAUUUCAGACGCCGCCUCUGCGAAGAAGGAUACGGUCGUCGCCGACGGGACUCCUCAAGGGCUCGUACUGGAGCUCCUCCGACCGCUCCGGGAUGCGCUGUGGCCAGUGGGCUCACGGUCUUACGGCGCGCUGGUGUACGCCAACAUGGGCAAUGCGUCGACGCAGCAGCACGACGUGAUCCGGCCGGGCGACAUCAUCUCGAUCCGCAACGCAAAGUUCCAGGGGAAGCACGGACCCAUGCACGCCAAGUACACGGCCGAGGUGGGCAAGCCCGAUCAUGUUGGUGUGGUGGCAGAAUGGGACGGGACCAAGAAGAAAGUACGGGCGUGGGAACAGGGGCGAGAGAGCAAGAAGGUGAAGCUGGAGAGCUUCAAACUGGAUGACUUGCGAAGCGGCGAGGUCAAGAUCUGGCGGGUGGUACCGCGGAGCUGGAUCGGGUGGAAUAGCCAGCCUUAGUGGAGCCUCGUGGCCAGCGGCAUGGCAUUGAGGAGCGGCAGAGUAGUCGGAUGGGCGGACAUGUGAGCAUACUGACCAGGCGGGUUGCAAGAGGGGCUGAUUGAGAGUCGUUUGUACGCAGUCGGUGGCCGUUCAGAGACCUUGGUGCUCUCGUAGCAUUGGUAGUGCAUUUACUAUGAGCCGUUGCAGACUUG